CUUUGGUGUGAAAUAGAAACUUUUGCUAAAGAUCAUGACAUAUCAAUACAAACACCGUCUAAAGGAUGUAAAAGAAAAAGACAAGAGCCAACAAUUUUUAAAAAUUUUGAUGUCACUGCAACCACAAGUGCUGAACAUAGUAUCAAUGAAACUAAUGAAACCACUGAAGGUUAUUUAAAAAAAAAUGCUUUCUUUCCUGUAUUUGAUGCUAUCUUGGUAAAUCUGGAAAAAAGGUUUUCUCCUGAAAGUCUCCAAAUGGCUACAGCUGUUGAUCAAUUUUGUCAACUUAACUUUGAGGAAAGUGUUUUUUUUGUAGAUCAUUAUAAAGAUUUGAUGUGUGUAUCUAAAGAUUUACUGAAGUCAGAAAUGGCAGUGGCAAAGAAUUGCAUAUUGCAGUCUACUGACGAAGAAUAUAUAUCUUUAAAUGAUGUAAAAAAGGUUUUAACAAAAAGUGUUUUCCCUAAUUUAUACAAAUUAUUUCAAGUUGCUAUAACAAUACCAAUAAGUUCCUCAACUUGUGAAAGAAGUUUUUCAGCAAUGCGUCGAAUCAAAACUUGGCUUCAAACUUCCAUGUUGCAGGAGCGGUUCAACAACACAUCAAUAUUGUAUAUUGAAAAAAACAUAGCUAAAUAUAUUAAUACCGAUACUGUUAUAGAUAUAUUUGCAAAAAAAAAUAGAUUUAUAACAUUAAAAUAA